ACACCUUUCCCCGCAAUUCCCAAUAAAAUCAAAACCCGCACAGCUAUCAAGCAUAAACCCCGAAGCAAUGGGCUACCAGAACGAUAAUAUCGCGGUUGGCUCCUCCCCGACAACGCGCGCGACCCGCUCCAGUAGCAGACCCGCUCCCCAAGCCGAAGCCUUCCCAUCACUUUCCGAGCCACAAAAGCUCCCCGAAGUUCCGGGGGGGCGUGGCCGCCCACGAAAAAUUGCGCCAAAGCCAGCACCGCAGAAACAAGAACCUUCCAAGAAACGUGGCCGCCCGCUUAAGCGCAAACUCAUGGACGAAAAUCAAGACGAUGACGACGUAGUCGUGAUUGAAAGCGCGUCGACACCAGCUCCAAAAGCAAUGGGGAAAGGGAAACAGGACGUUGUUCCUAUUGCCUUUGCCCCCCCUCAUCCUGCCGUUGUCGCUCCCCCCGCUGUUCUGCAGCCUUUUCUACUCACACAGGAACCCCCGCAAAAGCAAGCAAAAUUUGCCCCUUCUGCUUCCAAGAGUUCUGGCGCAGCCCCGGAGAAACGCGCAAAGCUAUGGCGCAAGCAGCCGCCUAAAACUGUAAGUGAGAGAAUUAGCCGUUGUCUUACUCAGAGGAUGGUCGUUCUUGACAGGCAGAGAGUUAUGGAAAACGAUAUUCCCCAAGAGAUUGUCAAAAUCGCGGGAAGCACCGGAAAUGUUUACACGGUUCAUAUUAAGCAGGUUCCUGUUUGUGAUUGCCCUGACUCGAGUCCAACGUGUAAACACAUUCUAUAUGUGAUGAUGAAAGUUUUGAAAGCACGCAGUGAUCUCGUGUACCAAGCUGCCCUACUCUCAUCUGAAUUAAGAGAAAUGUUCGCAAAAGCAUCGCCAAUCCACUCAUCCGGCGAGAGUGCAGGUAGUAGCGCACAAAAACCACUAGAUGAGGAUGAUUGCCCCAUCUGUUAUUGUCCUUUUGAAGAAAAUGGCCGUGAGGUGGUUGUCUACUGCAAAGCCCAAUGUGGCACAAACAUCCACCAAAGUUGCUUUCGCCAAUGGGCUUCAACCAGAGGAGCCGGAACUGUUACCUGUGUCAUGUGUCGCCAACCGUGGCAGGGAGACAGUGACCCUCAUGAAGCGCUAGCAAAAGGCAAAGUGAAUAGUGAAGGCUACGUCAACGUGGCUUCAGAGCUUGGUAUGAGUGGACACAGAGAUUAUUCCACAUACUACUACCCGCCGUAUUUCGGUGGUGGAUUCAGACGAAGAUACUGGUAGUGGGUAUACGCGCCCCCACCCCGCGAUAUCAAAAAAAAGGGUAGAGCGGUGUUGAAGUAGUGUUCUUGUUGGUGUUGGUAGGCUCGAUGGUAUUCUGGGGGGCUGUAUGUGGCUAUAUCUAUUAUCCCCUUCUUACUUCCAUUUGUUGAUAACCAUGUCCUAUAUUUUCAAAAGCAUCUUUACUCCA